AAUGAAAUUUAUUAAAGUCCCAUGAACUCCCUGUAACCCCUUUUUAUAAAUUGCUUUGUUGCAAAUCUUGGACAUCAAAGCAAGUGUUUUUGAAUUCUUGUGAAUAGAAGAGACUUGAAACAUUCCCCUCUUCUCAUUUUCUCAUUUUCAUGGACAAUAUUCUGUUUUUCUUGUACUCUCUUCCACUAGUAUGUUUAUUCUUCUUACUAUACAAGGUCAUUGAUCAAAGAAGGCACCAAUGCUGCUACAUCUUGAACUAUCAAUGCUACAAACCAUGCGACGAGAGGAAGCUUAAUACCGAGUUCUGUGGAGAGGUAAUCAAGAGGACCAAGAAUUUAGGGCUCAAUGAGUACAAGUUCCUCUUGAAAGCCAUUGUUAGCUCCGGCAUUGGGGAAGAAACGUAUGCCCCGUGGAUGGUUAUCAAUGGGAGAGAGGACAAUCCUACUUAUGAAGAUGCCAUCUUGGAGAUGGAAGAGUUUUUUUGUGACAGCAUUGAUAAGGUUUUGUCGAAAACAGGCCUUUCUCCGAGGGACAUUGAUGUACUAGUUAUCAAUGUGUCGAUGCUGUCUACGAGCCCGUCUUUGGCUUCUAGGGUUAUAAAUAAGUACAAGAUGAGGGAUGAUGUUAAGACCUACAAUCUCACUGGAAUGGGAUGUAGUGCUAGCUUGAUAUCGAUCAAUAUUGUUCAAAGCAUCUUCAAGUCUCGAAAGAAUGUGAACGCUCUUGUCGUGACAUCAGAGUCCUUGACCCCUAAUUGGUAUACCGGCAACAAUAGAUCCAUGAUUCUUGCUAAUUGUUUGUUCAGAUCGGGAGGUUGUGCAAUGAUUUUGACGAACAAGGUGGCUUUAAGGAGUAAGGCCAUUUUUAAGUUGAAAUGCUUGGUUCGAACACAUCAUGGUGCGAAAGAUGAAGCUUAUGGUUCAUGUAUACAGACGGAGGAUGAGCUGGGGCGUGUAGGGUUUCAUCUCGGGAAGAACCUCCCAAAGGCGGCUACUAGGGCUUUGAUUGAUAACCUAAAGGAGAUAUCUCCGAGAAUCUUGCCAGUAAGAGAGCUUCUUCGCUUCGCCAUUCUUUCAUUUGCUUAUAAACUGAACAAAGGCUCUUCAAAAGGAGGAGCAGCAAUUAGGCCAAUGAUCAACUUCAAAUCAGGAGUUGAUCAUUUCUGCAUUCACACAGGUGGAAAGGCGGUGAUCGACGGAAUAGGCCAGAGUCUAGGUCUGAGUGAGUAUGACCUGGAGCCGGCGAGGAUGACGUUACACAGGUUUGGUAAUACUUCUGCUAGUAGUCUUUGGUAUGUUUUAGGGUAUAUGGAAGCGAAAAAGAGGUUUAAGAAAGGUGACAGGGUUUUUAUGAUAAGUUUCGGGGCAGGGUUCAAGUGUAACAGCUGUUUGUGGGAGGUUUUAAGGGAUUUAGAUGAUGGAAAUUGCUGGAAAGAGUGCAAUAUUGAUACAUACCCUCCAAAAACCCUAACAAAUCCCUUCAUGGAAAAGUUUGGUUGGAUUCAAAAUGAAGAUAUCAGCACCUUCAAGUUUCCAGAGUGAAGGGUAAGAGAACAACAUACACAUUCUUCUCCCUGGUUUCAAAAUAGUUGACUCAAAUUAUUAUAAAGACACAUAAAAAAUGUACUUUUGAUUAAAUUCUUUUUUUUUAUCAUCAUUGAAAUUAGUUUUGUUUUUUAUAUUCAUGCGGUGGAUUUGCAUAUUGUUUGAUAUGUUGUGUAGCAUUCACAGAGAAUUAAUAAAGAUUGUUAUGAUCAGUGAUUGUUUUUUUAUUGAGAAUAGGGAUAAACACAAUUGCAGUUUGUUUAUUACUAGCUGGUGCAACUUUAGGUAAAGUUUACCAGCUUUUUUGUACAGUUGAGUAGUGAUUCAAUUCUGUGUUUAUGAGUAUGUACGUACCUUCUAUCAGUGACCAUUCAAGUUA